UCAUUAGAUAUCUCCUCUUCGCCGCGGAUUCUUUUCACCUUUCACCACUAGAAGAAAAAAAAGCCAUAACCGAAGCCGUCAAUUCAAAAUUCAACUGCAAAAUUGAUUGUAUUUCCAAUUGAAAUAGAUCUACUGGAGUAGAAUACACUUCUCUGUUUUUCUGUUUACUGUUUUACAUAGAGAGAGAAAGAGAGUAAAGGAGGAUGAGUAGUAGCAGAGGAAAAAACAGUAGUAGUAAAAAUGGAGGAGGAAUUGGAGUAGAAUCAAUAAUACCAGGAGGUUCAAAAAAGAUGGUACAAAGUUUAAAGGAAAUUGUUAAUUUCUGUACUGAAGCUGAGAUCUAUGCUGUGCUCAAAGAUUGUAAUAUGGACCCUAACGAAGCCGUCAAUAAGCUUCUUUCUCAAGAUACUUUUCAUGAGGUGAAGAGCAAACGAGAAAAGAGAAAAGAGAAUAAGGAUACAACUGAGUCUAGGUCCUGGGUUUCUAGUAGCACGUCAAGCCGUGGCAGCAGGACUGGUGCGGAACGAUAUGUUGGGCGUGGCGGGUCAGAGUCUACCAAGCCUGCUCCUGCUUACAGAAAGGAAAGUGGAUCACAUACAAACAACUUCUCUUCAACCCCUGGAGUUGUAGGAAGUAACAUAGAUAGGAGACCAACCGCCGUCAGUGAUGCUGCUGGAAAUGAAAGUAAAAAAUUGACACCAGCGGCAGUUGAUGGUCAUUCAGCUGCUUCACAGCUUUCUUCUGAAUAUCAACCUACUUGGGGUGGGGUGCCAGGUCAAGUAUCAAUGGCUGAUAUUGUGAAAAUGGGUAGGCCACAGAGUAAAGUGCCAAGUUUACCUAACGUAUCUCACCGUACUACUAUUGGUGUCAACCAAAACGAUGUUCGGGCACCACCUCCUUAUGGUGCAUCACAUCAUAAUGUGCAGUUUUCUGAUGAUCAUAUGAAGGUUCACGAGGUACAUCAGGAACCAGGGGAUUAUUCAUCUCAGCUGCUAUCUGCGAACGAUGAAUGGCCGUUAAUUGAGCAGCCAUCAGCUGCGAGCCAGCCUGCUGUCUUGGAGCCUCCCACUGAUUUCGUGCAACAUCCUGAUCCAUCUGACGUGUCAUUUGACAGAAUUGAUCGUCAAACUGAAAUUGACGAGGCACAAGGGGGAGAUGACAGUGCUAAUGAAGAUCUCGGUAGUUCUCUCUCCAGUAGAAAGUUGCAGGAGGAUAAUGCUGAUAGUGCUUCUCUCGAUGACAAUGACCUCUACCAAUAUCAACACCAGAAUCACACUUUUGAGCAUCAACAAGUUGAAGAUGUUAACGCCUUAGCUUCUUCAGUCGCUACGAACUUGCAACAACUAAGUAUAGAGGACGAUCGGGGUUUUCCAUCUGAUGGAGAUGGUCCAUCCGUUUUGAUUCCAGACCAUCUUCAAGUUCAAACAGCGGACUGCUCACACCUAAGUUUUGGUAGCUUUGGUGGUGUGUCCUUUUCUGGAUCACAUGCCUCUGCCCCUGCGAAAACUAGCUUGGAAGAAGCACCAAAGGAUGCGGAUAGUUCUUCAGUUGGGCACUUGGGCACCAGGGCUUCUGAAUACUAUGGUGAUGAAACUCUCAGAAAUGAGUCUGAUAGUAAUUUAUUCCAUAGAACUAAUGCAAGUUCUGGAAACUACGAUUUGCCAUCUGCUGCACAACCAGAAUCUCUGAAAGCAGAAACUAGUGAGCAUGGGCAUCAAUACUCCUAUCCGUCCUCUGCUGCUAGCUAUUCAUACGAAAGUGCUCAAAAAUUGAAUGCAGCAUUUAGCCAGCCACAGACAAGUUCUCAUAUGCAGAGUCUUGCUCCUUUUUCAAAUGUCUACACAAAUUCUUUACAGAGUACCUUGUUGGCUGGUAACGUUCAUCCUGGUCGAGAGUCGGAGCUUUCUUAUUCACCUUAUCCAACAACACAAGCAAUGCCAACAAAAUAUGGCAACUCAGUUUCAUCAAUCAGUGGCGCAACAAUUUCCAUGCCUGAGGCUUUGAAGACAGUUGGUUUUUUAUCAGCACAGCCUACUCAGCAGCAGAUGCUUUCUGGAACUAGCGUCCCCGCCGGACCUGCCGUACCGCAACAUCUAACUGUACACCCAUAUGCUCAACCAACUGUUCCACUAGGACCAUUUGCCAACAUGAUUAGUUAUCCCUUUAUGCAUCAGAACUAUCCAUAUAUGCCGUCUGCAUUCCAACAAGCAUUUCCUGGUAACAGCACUUAUCAUCAGUCGCUUGCGGCAAUGCUCCCCCAAUAUAAGAAUAGUGCUUCUGUCGACAGUUUGCCGCAGUCUGCCAGUAUUCCUUCUGGAUAUGGUGCUUUCGGAAAUACAACUGCUAUCCCGGGGAACUUCCCAAUCAACCCCGCUGCUGCUCCUUCUGGCACUAAUUUAAGUUACGAUGACGUAUUGAGCUCUCAGUACAAGGAUACCAAUCAUUUGAUGUCUCUUCAGCAGGUAACCUGUUCUUUUUUACAAGCACAACUAUUC